AGACAUGUUCACCCGAAGAGUUCACCUGUAAGACAGGUGAGGGUGAAUGUAUACCACUGGCCUGGAUGUGUGAUCAAAGUAAAGAUUGUUCAGAUGGUUCCGAUGAGGCUUCAUGCAAUGAUACCUGUCGCUCUGAUGAGUUCACCUGCGGCAAUGGCCGUUGCAUACAAAAACGUUGGAUAUGCGAUCACGACGAUGACUGCGGCGAUGGUUCGGAUGAGAAGAAUUGCGCCAAAGUGCCAUGUGGCGCUCAUGAAUUUACCUGUUCGAAUGGUGCUUGCAUUCACAAGAAAUGGAAAUGUGACGGUGAACCAGAUUGUUAUGAUGGCUCCGAUGAAGUGGGUUGUAAAAAUGUAACCAACACCAAGGUACCCUGCCUGCCCCACGAAUUCCAAUGUAAGGAUCGCAUUACCUGUCUACAUUCCAGCUGGUUGUGCGACGGCGAACGUGACUGUCCCGAUGGCGAUGAUGAGGUCCAAAGUAAUUGUAAAAAUCGUACAUGUCGUCCCGAUCAAUUCCAGUGCAGCGAUCGUUCCUGCAUUGCUGGUCAUCUGACAUGUAAUGGACAAAAUGAUUGUGCCGACAAAAGUGAUGAGCUUAAUUGCGGCAUUCGUAAGCAAACCGUAUGCGAUUCAGUAACGCACUUCGAUUGUGGUGGUGGACAAUGUAUUCCCUUGACCAAGGUUUGUGACAAACGCAAGGAUUGCCCCGAUGGUGAAGAUGAACCGGCCAAUAAGUGUGGUAUUAAUGAGUGUGCCCUGGACAAUGGUGGCUGUAUGCAUAAGUGUGUGGAUCAACCGAUUGGCUAUCGAUGUGAAUGUGAAACGGGCUAUAAAUUAAUUAACAACAAAACCUGUGUGGACAUCGACGAGUGCGCCGAAAAUCCCGGUGCCUGUUCCCAAGUCUGCAUUAAUGAAAUUGGCGGCUAUAAAUGUGAAUGUAUCGAUGGGUAUAUGCGUGACCCACGCAAUCACACCCGUUGUAAGGCCACCGAGGGUCAUGCCUCAUUGCUGUUGGCACGUCGUCAUGAUAUACGGAAAAUUGCUUUGGAUCACAUGGAAAUGACAUCGAUUGUGAAUAAUACAAAAUCAGCGACAGCUUUGGAUUUCGUUUUCCGCACGGGAAUGAUCUUUUGGAGUGAUGUGACCACACAAAGCAUUUACAAGGCACCCAUUGACGAGGGCAGUGAUAAGACAGUCGUACUCAAGGAGCAUACCGUAACCUCAGAUGGUUUGGCUGUCGAUUGGAUUUACAAUCACAUCUACUUCACCGAUACACACAAAUGUACCAUUGAGCUGACAAACUUUGAUGGUAAUAUGGGUAAAGUGCUCAUCGAAGAUGAAUUGGAUAUACCACGGUCGAUAGCAUUGGAUCCCAUUGAGGGCUGGAUGUACUGGUCCGAUUGGGGUGCCUCACCACGAAUCGAACGUGCCGGCAUGGAUGGCUCACAUCGCACCACAAUCAUCAACUAUGAUGUUAAAUGGCCAAAUGGCAUUACCUUGGAUUUGGUGCGACGACGCAUCUACUGGGUCGAUGGUAAAUUGAACAUCAUCUCUUCGGCCAAUUAUGAUGGUUCGCAGCGUCGCCAGAUUUUAUACUCAACGGAAUAUUUACGUCAUCCCUUCUCCAUCACCACGUUCGAGGAUAACAUCUAUUGGACCGAUUGGGAUAAACAGACCGUUUUCAAGGCAAAUAAAUUCAAUGGUGAAGGUGUGCGGCCGAUAACCGCUUUGCAUAUGCUACAACAUCCCAUGGUAAUCCAUGUCUAUCAUCCAUAUCGCCAACCCGACGGUGUCAAUCACUGUCAAGCUGUCAAUGGCCAUUGUUCACAUUUGUGUCUGCCGGCGCCGCGAAUUAAUGAACGCAGUCCACGCAUCUCGUGUGCCUGUCCCACGGGCCUGAAGCUUAUGGAAGAUAGGCUGAUGUGUGUUGAAGAUCCUAGAUAUAAAACAACCACCACAAGUAAACCAAAGAUGAACUUUAAUUUAACCACAUCUUCGCCAGAAUCAUACCCUGAUCUCAAACUACCUCAGCAAGUUGCAGGAGCUGACAUUUUAGAUGGUAUGCAAAAUGAAACUUUGUUUUUUAACCUUUGUUGUUUUGUCAGUCGUAGUGGUGGUGACUCUUCGUACUAUUUUUAUAAUUAUUAUGGUGAUGAGGAGCUGGAGGAGCCGCAGUUCGAGGAUGAGGAUACUACUGAUAAUUCAGCAGAUCCUGCUGAUGUGGUUUCAUUUGUCGCCGACAACAAUUCAUCUCAUCAGCCAGCUCAGCAUCCUCCAUUUGAGUCCGCAACCACCAUGGAGAAAACGGCAAUAAUUUAUGCUGAGACUCCAAAAUUAAUCAGCCAUCCAGUCGUCAUCAGCAGCAGCAGCAGGAACAGUAACAACAAUAAUGCGAAUAAUGAGCAACAACCUCCACCACUACUGAUGGCUACGAAACCCCACCAGAUCCAGGUUAAAGAUUCCCAUGGCAAUGAGGAGGAGGUGGAGGUGGAAGAGGAGAGUUAUUUACCAACAUAUGAUGAUUAUCCUUUACUCUAUCUGCACAUCAUGUGUGUCAUGUUGGAAAAAUAUGAUUUACAAGAGGAAGGCGGCAGGACAGGCAGCAACAAGGACAUCAUACAUCCCGAUGAUGAUGUUGACAAUGCUGCUGCUGAUGAUGACGAUAUUGACAAUGAUGUUGAUGAAAUGCAUCAACACCCUUCGCAGCCGAUUAUCACAA